CAAACUCUACCACACAUACAAAUGGCACUCAAAGACAGUCUAUACGAACGUAGCCACGACUCGGGGUCCAAUAGCGUCUGUUCAAAGGCUUUCAAAGACACCAGCACAGUAGUCUACUUCGUCGGCUAUGUCAUUUUCUUCGUCCUAUCUCUGCUAGUAAUCGCUGUUCAAUUCUACCUACGAAAGCGCUACAACAACCAAACAACCCGGAAGUUGCUGGGACUUCUCUAUACGGCCGCAAUUGUCUGCGUUAGCAUCAGUUGGCUCCUCCAAAUCAUCGGUACCUUGGUCACACAAUGCAAUCUACGAAACAGCCACCGAUAUUUCACGACGUUCUACAAUCUUACCAUUGCGAAUUCCGUUAUUGCAAACCUAGGGGCAUUCCUUACCCUCGCUGCGGUUGUCUGGGGUGUGAACUCAAUGCUAAGUGAGCACCUUGGGCGAAAAAAUAAAUCGGCUUCACAUAGAACAAGCAGCAUGGUGAUCAUCAUUGGCAUGUGCAUGUUGACGAUUGUUCUUAUCAUCAUGCAAUGUGUGUUCUAUUCAUCCCUCGUGGCUGCUAUAAGGGGCGCGGCUCUUGGCUGGUUUCCAUAUGGCUUCCACAUCUUUCUGAUGUUAUAUUCGGUGGUAUGGAUUGUAAAUGUUUUGGUGGGGCUGGGGCUGGCGAUUCAUACACUGCGCGCGCUAAAGUCGGAGUUGGGCGUUUCAAUCACACGCCCUCUCAUCUGGAUCAUCUUCGCAUUCUCCGCUCUUGCCUUCUCCGUUCUCCUCGAAAUAGUACCCCUCACAAACGCGUUUGAGGAUAACGAACCAGUCAACGAGCCAGGGCGCCAGGCCGUCUUCUUUCUCGCCACUCUAUCGCAGAUUUUCUCUUUUGUAGCCGUGGCAAUGCUCGCUAUCAACGCACCUUGGAACGAUUCAAGCGGUGACAAUUCUGGUGAAAAUGGUGGGCGCUACCAGCCGAUGGGUGAUUAUGGGGUGGAUCUGAGUAACCCGUAUCAAAGAAAAUAA